AUGGAGGCAUUUGCGCUACCUCCCCGUGACCUUGCCGAUCAUUUACUUGGUUGCUUCUGGGAAAGGGUCUAUUGUCUGUAUCCUUUCUUUGAUCGCCAGAGCUUUCAACAAGCAUAUGAGAAUCUUUGGGCACCAAAGAGUCAUGCCAGCCACAAACUCACGGAUCUCAAUGUUGGCUUAGGAGAUCGAUUCAACUCGGCCCCGAAUUCCAUCGUCUUUAAUUGUGCACUGAACAUCGUAUUUGCACUAGGAUGUCAUUUCUCGACGAUUCCCGCCCAGGACCGCGAACCUUUCAUUAUGUCUUUCUUCCUCCGGGCAAAAUGA